UCAUACUAUUGUUGCCGAAUGCACGGUCAAUGCGCACUAGCAUUUAUCCUUCACUAGUCACUGGUACUCUGUCCAUCGUCUUCCCAAAACAGACUGGUUUUUGCCACCAAAAACACCAACAAAAUGGGACCUUCUUCCACAACUCAAUCCCUCACUCUUUUCACCUCCCUCCCCAAAACCCUAAUCCUCUCCCCAGAGUCCCACUCUUCAUCCCUGCAACUCUCAAAUCCCAAGAGACUGAAAUCCACCAUUACAAUGAGAGACAGAAGCAACAACCCACGGCCGUUGCAGAAGGGGAGGUUCCUCAGCAUCGAAGCCAUCCAGACCGUGCAGGCAUUGAAGAGGGCGCAGAAAGAUCAGAGCAUUUUGAGCCAAGUUUUCGAUUCCAAGUUCCGGCGGUUGUUGAAGCUCGAUAUGAUGGCUGUCCUCCGCGACCUCCUCCGCCAGAACGAGUGCAUCUUGGCCCUCAAGGUCUUUGAAGACAUUCGAAAGGAACAUUGGUACAGGCCACAGGUUUCAUUGUAUUCCGAUAUAAUUAGAGUAAUGGCUAGCAAUGGAUUGUUUGAACAAGUUGAACUUCUUUGCUUGUGCUUGAAAAAGGAAACUAAUUUACAGCCUGAAAUUGAGGCAUUUAAUGCUCUAAUGACAACAUUGAUAAGUUUUAACCUCCCUAAACUUGCAAUCGACUGUUAUUACUUGAUGAAAGAGGUGGGGUGUGAACCUGAUAGGUCAUCCUUUAGAAUACUUGUUAAUGGUCUAGAGUCGAUGGGAGAGACAGGUCGUUCGGGUAUUGUAAGGCAGGAUGCUCAAAAGAUUUACAGGGAAUCUCUGGAGUUUCUAGAGGAGAAUGAAGAAAUGGAAGUGAGCCAUCAGUGAGUGUUGGAUAGAUCAUAUGAUAUCUGAUGUAAGGAAACAUGUAAGAAACUCUAACCGUUGUGGAUAAAAAAAAAAAAAAAGAAUUUGAUAUCA